CUAUGGAAGGAUAUCUCCCUGAUAAGGGAACAUAGGGGGCAGCAGCUGCGCCUCCCAAAUGUCUGGCACUGGGAAACAACAUGGGCAUAGUGGUGUCCAGAGUGACUAACUGUCGUGUAGAACCAUCCAGAAAACGCAGCAGCGCCUUGCAACCAAAAAACAACACCCCCUACAGGAAGGUCAAUGGUACUAUCAAAUCAUCCCAAUGUCACACACUGACUCCAGUGCAGAGACAGACCCAAGGUACAUGUGUGUGUGCAUACUGUUGUCCAGUAGUGUGUGAGCCUGAGGUGCAGGAGGUGUUAAUUCCUACCUUCCCAGAGAGGGUAAGUGUGCAGAGAGGCUACAUCACCCCCCAGCAGGUAUAUAACCUGUUGAAUGCAGAGGCUGGACAUCCCGCUCUACAUGAUCCGAAUUACAUCCUCAUCCUGGACUGUCGCAGUGCAGAGAGGUACAAGCAGAGUCAUCUGGUUACAGCCAGGGCUAGUGUGACAGUGAUCCACCCAGAUCUGGGCUGUCUGAUCAGCUGUGUGCAGCUCCAGGAGUUCUCUAUCAUAUUGUUGUACGCUGAGGAGGGCCACAGCCCAGUGGGCAGUUUGGAGGCCAGGGCAGCCUCCCCGUUCCUCCAGCGCUGCUUCUUCCAGCUCAGUGACCUGGGAAUGGACCCUGUCAUCCUCCUAGGGGGCUUCACCGCCUUCCACACCCUCUACCCCUUCCUCUGCAACUCCCGCAUGGCUCUUCUAGAGCCCGACAGGUACGCCCUCACCAUCUACCCCUCUGAGAUCCUGGAGGGGGAGCUCUACCAGGGCUCAGCUGCUCAGGCCUCUGACUACCACAUCCUUGAGAACCUUAACAUCACCCAUGUGGUCAAUGCUACGGCUGAAUGCCCUGAUGCAUUUCCCAGCACCCUCAGCUACCUGAGGCUGCGGCUGAGUGAUGACGCCCAGCAGGACUUAGUGGAGGCGCUGCCCCAGGCUGCGAGGUUCAUCGCUGGAGCCCUGAGCAGCGAGGUUGGAGGUAGGGUGCUGGUGCACUGCAGCAUGGGGCGGAGCCGUAGCUCAGCGCUAACGCUAGCCUUCCUAAUGCAGCACCAGCGCUGGACACUGCUGCAUGCCAUCCGCUGGCUGAAGGAGAGGAGAGCAUGCACGGCGCCCAACGUGAACUUCCUGCGGCAGCUGUUGACCUACGAGGAGCAGCUGUUCGGACAAAGGCUUACCUCGCUGGACGACAUCCGCCUGUGAAGUUAUGUGGUUUGGGCAGUGCAGUUUCUGUGCAUAAUUCAUGGAGAGGGAGGUGGACUGUGGACAGAGCCCACUGUGAUUCAAAUAAUGCCGUUUUUAAAGACUCAUUGGGAGAGUUGUAUGACCUUGAUGGUCUUAAUAACUUUAAGCAGUUUGGUUUUCUUUGUCAUUGUUGCCCUAGGUCUAGGACUGUGUUUUAUUAAGGGUUAUUUGAGGGAUGAUGUUUUUUCAGAACACUAGGAUGCUGAUGUUGCAGCAUUAGAGUCAAUAAGGGGAGAGGAAGUGAAUAUAUUUGCAUCAGUGCUGAUACCAGCUUAUACAGAGGCCAUCUGUGUAUUCAAUGCUUGGUUAGAAACUUG